AUGGCCCUCGGCAGAAUCUUCCACUACGCAGUAGACGCGGUCCUGUUGUCGACCGUCGUAGCGGGGGUCAGGCGAUCAGCAGGAUUCAGACCUGAUACAGAGGGCAUCAUCCCCGACCCUACAAUGCGCUCGAUAGCAGACCGGUACCUCGGUGUCGGGGAGACGAUAUUCGACAUGAUCCAGGCGACAGCGGUUAACAGCCAUUUUUCAAGAAGG